UUUCAACUGAUGCGCUCUUUAACAGUUUCUAUAUUUAACUUAAACAAAGAAAUACUUUCCUGUGAAUCAUACAUGCAGAAAUCAUAUCUUCAGUUUCACACCACUGCCUGUUUCUGCGUCUUUCUAUCGCUGAUCGCUGGGUUCGAAGUUUGAAUAGUUCAAUGGAAUUAAUUUAAUAAAGUUUAUCUAUGGAAUAAAUGAAGAAGAAGAUAACUAGUUAGUUUAUGAGUAAUGGAAUUAGAUUUUUCAAAAAUAUGCAGAAUUUGUUUAAACGAAGGCGUUAUGAUGUCAAUUUUCAAAGUUAAUAUAUCGAAAAAGAUGAUGGCUUGUGCUUCUGUUCAGGUUUGGCAGAAUGAUGGUUUACCAUCUCAAAUAUGCAAUAAAUGUUCUGCAAAAUUACAUAUAUCCUUCCAAUUUAAAAAGCAGUGUGAAAAAUCGGAUGCCAAAUUACGACAGUAUUUAACAAGUUUAUCAAAUGAAAAACAACAAAACCAAAUAGUCAAUCAAAAUGAACUUGAAUUUGAACAACAGAUUCAAAAUCAACAACUGCAUCAACAGCCACAACCCCUUCAACAAGAGCAAUCUCAAAUUCAGCAAGUACCUGAACAAAAUCAAGGUUGUGUUUAUAUAGAAUGUGCCCCUCUAAUUGAAUUGCAACAUGAUGAUAGAUUUGAACUAAGCUACAAUAUACCACCACAAAAUCAUUUACCUAUUAGUGGAUAUAUUCAGGGGGUUAGUCAAUUGCAGGUUUACAAUGGUGCAACAUAUUCGCUUCCUAUGCAGCAAAUGCAACAACCUAAUAUUCUGCAGAAUCAGAUUGUAGGUCCUUCAAUUCAAGUGCAACAAAUUCCUCAGCCGCCUUUACCAGAUCCUCCAGUAAUUCAAGAUCAGCAACAAGCAACAAAUGGGCAACCAGAAUUGAAAGACAAAACGAAAGAAAUAAAAUCUUUAUCAAAGCCAAAUGAUAAUAACAGACAAUGUUUAACAUGUGGGAAAAUUUUUGCUACACCAACCAAAUUAAGUCGUCAUAUGAAAACUCAUUCUUCUGACAUGCCGUACAAAUGUAAAAUAUGUAAUAAGGCAUUUUCACACAGUGGAAAUUUUAAAAUUCAUCUUAGAAUGCAUACUGAUGAGAGACCAUUUAAAUGCACAGUUUGUAAUAAGGGAUGUCGACAAGCUCAAGACUUGGAGAAACAUAUGAGAACCCAUACAGGUGAACGACCUCAUAAGUGUACCAUGUGUACAAAAGCUUUCUCUACAAGAUCCAAUUUGAUAGCACACAUUAGAACCCACACAGGAGAACGUCCGUAUGUUUGCUGCGUUUGUCAGAAAGCGUUUUGUCAAUCAAACGAACUUACAAAGCAUAUGAGAACACACACAGGAGAAAAGUCACAUAUUUGUGAUAUUUGUCAUAAAGGUUUCAAUGGUUCCAGUACCUUGAUAGUUCACAAAAGGUCUCAUACAGGCGAACGACCCUACAUUUGUCAAAUUUGCAAAAAAGGCUUCGUGCAGUCAAGUUGUUUAAUAGUACAUGUUAGGCGACAUGCAGGUGCUAAGAAAUUUGAAUGUACUCAUUGUAAUAAACCGUUUGUAACGAACGCUGAUCUUAAAGCUCACUUGCUAACUCAUUCAGAAGAAGAAAAAUCGUUUAAUUGUAGUGUAUGUGACAAAACAUUUACGAAAUCUAGAGACCUUCAAAAGCACUCUAAAACACAUAGUACUUUUUCAUAGCUUAUUUAAAUAAGCAUUAAAUACUCAGUAAACAUUUGGUAGUGAAUAUUGGAAGCCCCCUUAUAAUGUGAAUAGCAUAUUAAUUAUGAAUAUAUACCGUGAACAAACUAAACUUUCGGUUAUAGAAACUUUAAAAAUUAAUAUAUCACCGUUACGGUUGCGCCAUUGCUAUAAAUCUCCGAUAUAUUUAUUUGGUGCUUCCCCUAGCUGAGAUGUUUUAUUUGUGUAUUGACUGUUAAUGGUCUGUAUUCUGCAAAUCUUGAAUGGUUGAGUAGUUUUUGUAGAUAGCCCAGUGGGUAGGAAAAAGUGACGUCGACAUUACUGACCUGAUAUAAAGACUGUUUUUAUUUGAAUUAUUAUUUUCGUUAAGUACAAAAGAAUUGCUUACGUUUUUUUCCUUUUUACCGUAGAAUUAUUCAACUAUAAUUCAUUAUGCUGGUAUUUUAUAAUUAACAAUAAACGUCUAAUU